CUUCUGUACAAAGGUCACUAAGCAUAACAAGCUGUUUGAGAUCUCUCGGUCAGCAGUAUGGGUCGGCUUGAUGGGAAGAUCAUACUGCUGUCUGCAGCAGCACAAGGGAUUGGCCGGGCAGCUGCUAUAGCUUUUGCUAAAGAAGGAGCUAAAGUCAUUGCUACAGACAUCAAUGAGUCUAAGCUGCAAGAACUGAAGAAAUACCCAGGCAUUCAAAUACGGGUUCUGGAUGUCACCAAAAAGGAGCAGAUAGAAAACCUGGCCAAGGAGAUUGAAAGGAUUGAUGUCCUCUGUAACAUUGCAGGGUUUGUUCACCAUGGAACCAUUUUGGAGUGUGAGGAGGUAGACUGGAACUUCACUAUGAACCUCAAUGUUCACAGCAUGUAUCUAAUGAUCAAGACAUUCCUUCCUAAAAUGCUUAAACAAAAAUCUGGAAAUAUUAUAAAUAUGUCUUCUGUGGCAUCCAGCAUUAAAGGAGUUGUGAACAGAUGUGUAUAUAGUACUUCAAAGGCAGCAGUUAUUGGUCUAACAAAGUCUGUGGCUGCUGAUUUCAUUGAACAAGGCAUCAGAUGCAACUGCAUAUGUCCCGGAACUGUUGACACACCAUCUUUACAGGAAAGAAUACAAGCCCGGCCUAACCCAGAACAGGCACUGAAAGACUUUCUAGCCAGACAGAAGACUGGUAGGAUGGCUACUGCUGAAGAAGUUGCCCAUCUCUUUGUGUACUUGGCCUCUGAUGAAUCUGCCUACAUAACUGGCAACGAACUAAUCAUCGAUGGAGGAUGGAGCUUGUGA